AUUGGUUGUUUCCUUUGUGGCCUGGCAACCAGAAGAGGCUUCGCCAAAUAUACACACACCUCCCCUUUUGUCACCUAGCAUCUGAGUUAGUUAGAAGGCUAGCUGUCUGAAAAUUUAUGUAUGUAGGGAAUUAAAGCACUCAGAUUCGACCAUGUCUUCUCGAACUUUGCCGCUUCUCUUCAUCAAUCUGGGUGGAGAGAUGUUGUACAUCCUGGACCAGCGGCUCCGAGCUCAGAACAUCCCGGCAGACAAAGCCAAGAAAGCUGGCUGGAUAGACGAGGACAGAAGGAGAGUUAUGAAUGACAUCAUCACCACCAUGUUCAACAAAAAUUUCCUGGAAGAGCUUUUCAAACCACAGGAGCUUUACUCCAAGAAGGCCCUACGUACUGUGUUCGACAGGUUGGCCCACGCCUCCAUAAUGAGACUCAAUCAAGCCAGCAUGGACAAGCUCUAUGACUUGAUGACCAUGGCUUUCAAGUACCAGGUACUUCUGUGCCCCCGGCCAAAAGACAUCCUCUUAGUCUCCUUCAACCACAUGGAUGCAGUCAAGGACUUUGUGAAGGACACUCCCAAUAUUCUCUGCCAGGUUGAUGAGACAUACAGACAGCUCAUAGAGAUGUACACUCCUUUGUCUAGUGGUGAAUUUCAACUAAUAAGACAAACUCUUCUCAUCUUCUUUCAAGACAUGCACAUAAGAGUAUCUAUUUUCCUUAAAGACAAAGUUCAGAACUCCAAUGGCCGUUUUGUACUUCCCACCAGUGGUCCUGUUCCAUCUGGAACUCAAAUCCCUGGCUUAAUUAGGAUGUUUAGCUGUACUGGUGAGGAAGUAAGGAAGCUACAGUUCACCAGUGGCGGAAACUAUACCAGUGCUCUCCACGAAGGAUCGUUUGAGAUUUUUGGAGACAGAAUCACCAAACUAGGCACAGACAUGUACAGUGUAAGUCACCCUGUGGAGACUCACAUGUCAGGGACUUCGACAAGUUCUGCUCAGCACACUAAACAGGUCAGUGCUGCUCCCAAUCCUCUAGCUAAAGAGGAAUUGAAUCUGUUAGCUAAGUUAAUGGGAGGGUUAGAAGUUCAGAUGCGUGGGAACGCAGACUGUGGUUUUCGAGUCAACCUGUUUGCUACGGAUGAGGAAGAAGAGGAGGCAUUGAUUUCAAGACCACAUGAGCUUUCCUAUGAAGUAAUAAACAUCCAGGCAACUAAGGACCAUCAGUCCAACGCUGAACUGGCAAAGAUUAUGGGAGAGUUCACAGAGACUGGACAUGAACCUAUUGCUGCCAGCAGUAAAGGAGAUGACCUUCUGGCCAUGAUGGAUGGCCUGUGACAUCAUCACCUUAAGGACUGUUUCCACAGCGCAUGAGGCAAUGCACUAUCAAUAGUCCAUUUUCCUGUAGACCAGCCUGCUGUCUGCACUGGCACAUAGAGGACACUGUGGCAAUGAAAAAUGCACCCAGAAAAUCUCCUCUUUGGGUGAUUUUAAAAUUGGGGAGGUGAGCGGUUGUUUCCAUUGGUUGGCAGAGGACCCAUUAUAAAGUAUAUGUUUGCACUGAUUAUGAAAUAAUGUGCAGUAUGUGGGGAGCCAAGCUGAGUUAUUCCACAACCAUACUGUGUCAAUGUGUGAAGAUAAACAGUUGUAUGUCAACUAUAGGUGGACCAAGGUAAAGAUGUUACAUUAUUUGGCUCAGACUGUGCUGCUGUGUUCAAAUUACAUUAGUUUAAUAUAAUUAAUUUGUAUCUGUUAACAUCUCACACACAACACACUUGCAGAGAUUUUCAGGUUAAUAGUCAAUCUAUGCUGAAGGAAAGUUAAUUGUUGGUACAGCUUACCUAAAAGUUCCAUAACAGCUACAUUUUGUGUUAAAAGCACCAAAUUUGGCACAGAUGUAGCCAAAUGUUUGACA